UGGUUACGAAUUUUUCAAAAAAUGUCUUCUUCGUCUAAAAUGAAAGAAAAACUAUUCAACCUAGCAGUAAGCAAUGUGGUCUCGAAUGCUAUUAACGUUGGCCUACGCCUAGACUUGUUCAAAAUUUUGUCUGAAAUUUCAAGUGAAGCAAGCCCAGUGCUCCCGGAGCAUCUUGCCAACGCUGCCGGUUGCAAAGAGAGUUCCGACAUAAUAUUUUUCCAAAUGUAUAUUCGAGAAUGGUGUAACUGCAUGGCUUGUGGAGGAAUCAUUGAGGUUAAUGAGAAGGAACAGUUUUGGAUUCACGUGGAGAAUGUGAAGGACCUGCUAACCAAUAGUCUUGCACUAGUGAUGAUUGGCUCCACGCCAACUCUUCUGGAACCAUUUGAAAAACUCAUUGAAUGCUUCAAAAAGGAUGGGCCGUACGGUCUCGAUUAUUCGGAGAUCUCAAAAUUUCAAUAUUUUAUGGGAAAAAUGAGUCAGGCACUUCACGAGAAGCAUGUGAUAACUGAUAUGCUUCCGGACAUCGGUCACGGAGUUGUCGAGAAGCUUGAAACCGGUGGAAUGCGGGUUCUGGACGUCGGGUGUGGUGGUGGAUCCCAUUCUUCGUUGCUCGCCGAGCAAUACCCAAAAGCACAUUUUGUCGGGCUAGAAAUUGGAGAAGAUGCCAUUCGGCAGGCGAAACAACGAAAAACUAAAUCAGGAGCGGCUUUCAACAAUCUCGAAUUUAUACAAUGCGACGCUGGAAAAAUGCCAGAAAUUUGGACGGAUUCCUUCGAUUUGGUCCUUAUUUUUGAUGCGUGCCACGAUCAAUGCAGGCCUGACCUAUGCAUCCGAGAAAUCCAACGAGUUUUAAAAAUCUUCGGAGUCUUUGCAAUCCUGGAAAUCAACAGCUCUGGCAACGUGCACAAUGACAGGGCCAACAUGGGCUCCAUGGCUGCUCUUCUGCACGGGCGGUCGAUGCUCUUUUUCCCCUAAAUGUGUUGUAUACUGCUCAGAAAACUGAGUUUUGAGUCGAUUAUUCAUUCAUUUAUUUUUUUUAUUUUACAGGGAAAUCAAUAAAAUUGCACCAAAUGC